AUGGCUUCCAGCAAUUUGGCAACAAUGGUUUUACCACUUCUUGUUCUAACUAUAAUGUCAUCAAGUCACACAACGGUUGUGGGGGCACGCAAUCUGCUAGAAUCAGUACCAGAAGUGCCACAACUUCCGAAACCUGAGUUGCCACCUCUUCCAGAAGUCCCUGAAUUACCAAAGCAAGAGUUGCCUAAGAUACCAGAAUUGCCAAAACCAGAGCUACCUGAACUGCCAAAGCCUGAACUACCUAAAGUCCCAGAAAUUCCUAAGUUCCCCGAAUUGCCAAAGCCUGAGAUGCCUGAAGUUCCAGAAGUUCCUAAGCCAGAGCUACCUGAAGUGCCUAAACUCCCAGAAUUUCCAAAACCUGAGCUACCGAAAGUACCUGAGAUGCCCAACGUCCCAGAAUUCCCUAAAGUCCCUGAACUGCCAGUACCAGAAGUGCCACAACUUCCCAAACUUGAGUUGCCACCUCUUCCAAAAGUGCCAGAAUUGCCAAAGCCAGAGGUACCUGAAGUAAAGGUCCCUGAACUGCCAAAACCUGAACUACCUAAAUUUCCAGAAAUUCCUAAGGUUCCCGAAUUGCCAAAGCCUGAGAUGCCUAAAGUACCAGAAGUUCCCAAGCCAGAGCUACCUGAAAUGCCUAAAGUCCCAGAAUUGCCAAAACCUGAGCUACCUAAAGUACCAGAGAUGCCUAAAGUCCCAGAAUUCCCUAAAGUCCCCGAAUUUCCAAAAGCACCGAUUCCCUUCUCGAAAGCAAUGCCUAAACUGGAUAUACCAGAAGUGCCACAACUUCCGAAACCUGAGUUGCCACCUCUUCCAGAAGUCCCUGAAUUACCAAAGCAAGAGUUGCCCAAGAUACCAGAAUUGCCAAAACCAGAGCUACCUGAACUGCCAAAGCCUGAACUCCCUAAAGUCCCAGAAAUUCCUAAGGUCCCCGAAUUACCAAAGCCUGAGAUGCCUAAAGUUCCAGAAGUUCCUAAGCCAGAGCUACCUGAAGUGCCUAAACUCCCAGAAUUGCCGAAACCUGAACUACCUAAAGUACCUGAGAUGCCUAACAUCCCAGAAUUCCCGAAAGUCCCUGAAUUUCCUAAAGCAUUUCCAUCCACCAAUCCUUGA